GAGAUAGUAGAGAAGGGGAAGCGGGAAGUCAGUGAGGCAGGGAAGAGAGGAGCAGAAGACAGGAUCCUGGCCAGGUAAAGAAGAAACACUUGCAAAAUGUUCCUGCUGCUGCUGGUGGUGGGGACGGCUGUGAGCAGAUGCCUACAUGAUGAGACACAGAAGUCUGUGACCCUUCUCAGGCCCCAUCUCUCCCAACCUGCACCCAGCUUCCGCUUUUCCGCCCUCACCCUGUCUGGCUCCCAUGAGCCUCAGCCCCUACGAAUACGAACCUACUCUAUCAGAGACCCUGUAUCAGAUGGAGCUUGGGAGCCGGAGGGAGCAGGAAUGAGAGGGGGACCACGAGCCCUGGCCCUGGCCGCAGCCAGACAGGCUGCUCAGCAACUCCAGGGGAUGCUCACAGUCCUUCCAGUGCAAGGCCCUCUGCUUCUGAGUCGAGACCCCGCACAGUACUGCCACGCUGUCUGGGGGGAUCCAGACGCUCCAAACUACCACAGGUGCAGCCUCUUGAACCCAGGGUACAAAGGAGAGAGUUGCCUGGGGGCAAAGAUCCCAGAUGCCCAUCUCCGUGGUUACACAUUGUGGCCCGAGCACGGUCCCCCACAACUGGUCCAGCCAGAUGGACCCGGGAUCCAAGACACAGAUUUUCUCCUGUAUGUGUGGGUGGCCCACACUUCCAAGUGCCGUGGAGAGCCCUCUGUCAUAGCCUACGCUGCCUGCUGCCAGCUGGACUCGGAAGACAGACCCCUUGCUGGUACCAUCAUCUACUGUGCCCAGCAUCUCUCCAGCCCCAGCCUCAGCCAUAGUGACAUUGUCAUGGUCACACUCCAUGAAUUGCUCCAUGCUCUGGGUUUCUCAGGACAGCUCUUCAAGAAGUGGCGGGAUUGUCCCUCAGGACCCAGUGUUAGAGAGAACUGUUCUACAAGGCAACAAGUGACAAGGAGAGAUGAGUGGGGACAACUGCUUCUUACCACCCCAGCUGUUAGCCACAGCCUGGCCAGACACUUGGGAGUGCCAGGGGCUUCACCGGGGGUUCCCUUGGAAGAAGAGGGCACUCUGUCUUCACACUGGGAGGCCCGACUACUCCAGGGUUCUAUCAUGACUGCUACCUUUGAUGGUGCCCGGCGCACUCGACUGGAUCCCAUCACUCUUGCCGCCUUCGAAGACUCCGGCUGGUACCGAGUCAAUCACAGCGCAGCAGAGGAGCUGCCGUGGGGCCAGGGAUCUGGCCUGGAAUUUGGCCUGGUGACUACAUGUGGGGCUGGCUCCUCAGACUUCUUCUGCACUGGCAGUGGGCUGGGCUGCCACUAUCUGCAUCUGGAUAAGGGAAGCUGCUCCUCAGACCCCAUGCUGGAAGGCUGCCGCAUGUACAAGCCCUUGGCCAAUGGGAGUGAAUGCUGGAAGAAGGAAAACGGGUUCCCACCCGGGGCAGAGAACCCCCACGGGGAAAUUUACCAUUCCCAGAGUCGUUGCUUCCUCGCCAACCUCACUUCACACCUGCUCCGUGAGGAUGAGACCAGGCAUCCGUCUGAGAUCCCACAUCCGGUGGAAGCAGAGCUUACGGGCCGCUGCUACUUACACCAAUGCACAGAGAGAGGAGCGUAUGAGGUGCGGGCCGAGGGGACAGCCUGGGUCCCAUGCCUUCCCGGAAAGGCUAUUCAGAUACCUGGGUACUCUGGUCUUCUCCUCUGUCCCCGGGGUCGGCUUUGUCAAACUUUCAAAGGUACCAAUGCUGUUACUUCCCCACCUGUGAGUCUUCCGCCUCAAGCCCUGUUAUUCCAGCUGUCUUUACAAUUAGCUGGGCCCCCAGGCCCCUCGGUGGGGAAGGAAGAGCUGGACGGGCUGACCGAAGCAGUACUCCAGGCUCUGGUGAGCAGAGGCGGCACCGGCAGGUGCUAUUUCCACAGCCCCUCCAUUACCACCAGUCUGGUGUUCACUGUGUACAUGGGCAAGUCCCCUGGCUGCCAAGGGCCUUCGGUUGGUAUGCUGCACAGGGACCUGACCCUGACUCUCCAGCAGAAGCCCCUAGAAGUACAUUAUGGAGGAGCCAGCUUUACCACGGGACACAUCAAGUUGCUGGUUACCUUGGACCAUAAACCCUCUGUGACCCAUCUAGCACUGUCCACAGGACUCUGCCUAACACUGCUUAUCCUGAUGGGGGCACUGGGAACCGUGGCCUAUCAGAAACGAGCUACUCUUCUGGUGGCACCAUCUGGCCCUCACUGUUCACCAGAGCUCCAAGACACAAGGGGCCCAGUUACAGGAAUGAGGGAGGUGUGAUGUUACCCAGAGAAUAACAGGAUAGAUAUGGAAGAUUAUUUCUUGGAAGACAACUGGAUGGCAAGUCUACACUUCAGUUCUGCUUUUCUCAAAAUGCCUCUUUCUUCAGGUAUCACCUCUAUACUAGCCUUGUAAUGAAAAAAAAAAAAAAGCGAGAGACAUGGUUCUGAAGAUCCAUUCUUUAUUCUGAUACAAAAA